UCAAAGCAAAGCGGCAAGAAAAUAUCAGAAGCGUGUUUUAUCUACCGGCUCCUAAAAUUCGCAACAUGAUCGACGCAACUUUGGUAGGCAGUAUUUCUGCUGCAAUUGUGUCGUUUGUGGUAGGAUAUACACUAGCAAAGUUGCCACCAGGUGGCAAACCUUCUUCGCAAAAAGACGAGUCCAACAAUCAAUCAGCAUCCCAUCGGAGUGCGGAAAAGGUUUACGCCGAUAUCGGCGGCGAGUACAAGAUGGUGCUGGUUGUGCGGAACGACCUAAAGAUGGGCAAAGGAAAGAUUGCGGCCCAGUGCGGACAUGCGGCGGUCGGUGCUUUCGAGAGUGCGGUCAAGAAGACGCCAGCUGCGGUCAACAAAUGGCAGCACAGUGGGCAGGCCAAAAUUGCCCUCAAGGUGGACAGUGAGCAAGCGAUGAUGGAAAUCUAUCGUACAGCCAAACACAACAAUCUGAACUGUUGUUUGAUACGGGAUGCUGGUCGUACACAAAUCGAACCUAAUACCAAGACCGUACUGGCGAUCGGUCCGGCACCCAACUUGGCUGUGGAUAGCAUAACGGGUCACCUAAAGCUGCUCUGAUCGAGAUACAAUGCAUGUUUGCAUUUUACUUUCUGCAGGGUUCCUUAAGAAGGACUUCAAACAAUAUCUUCAGCGAAUUUCUCUUUAGAAUUGAGGCAGGGAAAUUUAGUUUCGCCAAUUCGCAGGUCAUCGUAGGUCAUAUUAACAUUAUUUAAAUAAAAAUAAGCGUUAAUUUACCAGACAUAUUGCUCGUCGAAAUCUAAAAUUAUAUUAUGCCCCCGACCCGAAUAAUCAGAAGA